AGAAUUUAUAAUAUAAAAUGCUAAGAACCACUGUACUUUUAUUUCUAAUAUUUCUCAUAGUGAAUAAUGCUCUAGCGCAAGUUGGUAAUGAUAAUUCUGAAUACUAUGAUCCUGACGAUGAUUACAAUCCCCAAGUUCCUUGCAAUGUCGUACGUCCUGGUGAUCCAGAUUUAACCACUUACGACAUUAUUUCCUCGUACCGAAUUGACGAACAUCACUAUCAAUAUGAAGGUGUGCAGCAAAUAGUCGGUUCAACUGGUUAUCAAACUGCUUACCAUAUGGAGGAAUAUUCAAACAUGACAAUUGAAUCGACACGUGCAUUUCCGAAAGGUGUACCAAAUGAAUUUUCAUUUGAAUGCACCUUCCGAGUACCAGAAAUCCAACCGGUAAAUGAAUGGCAUUUAUUCGAGUUAACCGAUUAUCGGCAUGAGGAACAAAUGAGUGUAACACUUAAUCCAAUACAAAACAUAAUUGAAUUUUCCCUACCAAAAUUUGAUGGCACCAUACAAACAGUUACAUUUGAGGAAUUUGAAAUUUUUGAUCACUCAUGGCAUAAGGUUAUGUUUGGUGUGUCUCAAGAUGACAUACGUCUAUGGGUAGAUUGUAAACCAAUACCAGAUAUAAGUGGAAACUAUCGUGUACCCCUUCAAGUGCGUGGUCCAAUUGAUAAUACUGAUGGUGCUUUCUCUAUAGCACGCGAUUGCAGAACACGUAAUACAAUUCCGAUUGAUUUACAAUGGAUGAUUUUUAGUUGCGACGUUGACAAGCCUUUACAUACUAGCUGUGAAGAUAUACCACAAUAUUUACGUGUGCCAACUCCUAUGCCAACUACCACAACAACAAAUGAACCUGAUAUACCAAUACAUUUAUCAUUUUUAACCACAUCCACCAGACGCCCUUGGUUCAUUUCUUCUACGCCUGCUGCUUUAACAGGAACUCGUACUGAAAUCUGUCCUGAACAAUGUCCAAGAGGUCCACCUGGGCUACCUGGCCCACCAGGUUUAAUGGGUGCUGUCGGUGUAGCAGGACCACCUGGCCCUCCAGGAGCUGCAAGUAAUCAAGAUGUAGAUCUUGAUAUAACGAAACUGCAGGGAUUACCUGGCCUACAAGGAGAAAUUGGAGAACCAGGACCGGCGGGACCUCCAGGACCCGAAGGUCCCCAAGGACUGCGAGGUUUGCCUGGUUUAGAUGGUGUAGAUGGCACACCAGGACUUAUUGGAUUAUCAGGAAAGGAAGGUGCACCAGGUCCUGAAGGUCCACCAGGGCCAGUGGGUCUACCAGGCCCAAUAGGACCACCAGGUCCUCCAGGUGCGCCAGGAACAGCAGGAGAAUCAGGAACUGAGGAAAAAGUGACCAGAACACUAGAAGAAACUGUAAUUCGAGAUAUAUGCUUAGCAGUUGUAAGAGAUUAUAUAAGUGAAGUUGCUUCAACAUUAGUUGGCCCACCCGGACCACCCGGCUUGCGUGGUGCUACACGACGUGGACCUCCAGGUCCACAGGGACUACCAGGUGAAAGAGGACCUGAAGGCGCAAGAGGAGAUAGGGGGUAUAAUGGCUUAGUAGGUCCACCAGGUACACCAGGAACACCUGGCGGUCGUGGUCCUGAAGGUCAAAAAGGUGAUCGUGGUGAAGAUGGUGUUGGUCGACCGGGUGAAAUAGGAUUGCCUGGACCAGAAGGUCCACAAGGUCGUGACGGUGUUGCAGGAUACGCUGGUCGUCCUGGAGACCGAGGUGAUACUGGAUCACCGGGGCAACCUGGUGAACGUGGUACAAGAGGUGAGCCAGGAAUUUGUCCAGAUUGUUCAUCAUAUCAACUUAAUAAUAUGUAUCCUUUGCUAUUGGCACAACAGCAAAGAAAUAAUAAAGGUCCACCAAGUUAUAAUAAUAAAGGACCAUAUUAAAAUCGAUAAGAACUAUUAUUAUAGAAGAAAAAUUAAUAUAAAAAUA